GGCCCGAGCGGGAAGUUCGUCUGCUCUUCUAUCUUAAGGUUGAGUCCGAGGCGGCUCUGGCUGGCUUCGGGCUCGAUUUGUCUUUUGUCCGGAGAGGGUGGUCCCUUUGACAGCCGCCUUGUACGGAGGGCAAAAAAAAAGGGGCUCAACGAUCGUCCCGCUCUUUCAGAGCUGCCUGGCGACGCCAUUCCAAAUUUUCAGUCCCUUUUUUGCGUUCAAGAGAUUCUACUUUCACGGAUGUCCAGGGUAGAAAUGGCAAGAGAUGGAAAUGGCAACACCAAUGACACACCCAGUACGUGGUUUGGACAGUGCCAGUACACAGCAGAUGAGUACCAGGCUGUUCAGGCGGCUCUGCGGCAGAGGCUGGGCCCAGAAUACAUCAGUAGCCGACAAGCUGGAGGAGGACAGAAGGUUUGCUACAUAGAGGGGCACAGAGUCAUCAGCCUGGCCAAUGAAAUGUUUGGAUAUAAUGGCUGGGCUCAUUCUGUCACUCAGCAGAACGUUGAUUUUGUUGAUCUAAAUAAUGGCAAAUUCUAUGUGGGUGUUUGUGCCUUUGUGAAAGUUCAGCUUAAGGAUGGGGCUUACCAUGAAGAUGUUGGCUACGGAGUAAGCGAAGGCUUGAAAUCUAAGGCCUUGUCCCUUGAAAAAGCAAGGAAAGAGGCUGUCACAGAUGGAUUGAAGAGGGCACUAAAGUGCUUUGGUAAUGCUCUUGGGAACUGUAUUUUGGAUAAGGACUACUUGCGCUCGGUGAAUAAGCUCCCCCGGCAGAUGCCUCCAGAUUUAGAUUUGGGCAAAGUGAAAAGACAGGACUUUGAUCCUACUAUUGAGAAGGCAAGAUAUAACAGCUGCUUGCAAAAAGGAAGUGAAGACCAGAAGCUCUUUUCCUUGUCAACCCCAAGCAAAUCUCGCAAGUCGGCUACUCCCUUGAAUGCGGUUGAACAAAACCAAAAUAGGAUCUCAUUGCCCUUGGAUUACGACGCAACUCACCUUCGGAAGAUACGGCAGAAGCAGCUUCAAGAGAAGUUCAGACAGGAGAUGCAGGAGAAACAGCAGAUCCAGUCAGAUGUUUCAGCUUGCAGGGCUAAAGAUCAAGAGGUGUCCACUCUCCCUGCCUUGGAAUGCAACUCUUCUGUACCCCCGGAAUCUGUUGUGGAUGAAUUCCUUGCAGAUGAUCCAGAACUGUGGGACUUUCCUUUGGAAGCAACUGAUCACAAUACAGCAGCAGUGCCAGCCCAAUGCUUACGUUCACCUCUUGGACAGCAUUGCAUGAUGACUCGCAGCCGAACCCCGCAAAGAAUAAAUAAUCAGCAAUCAAAUAUAAAACCUUCAUCUUGGCAUCUGUCCUCCAGUCCCAAAUCUUACUUAGCAGCUGAACAGAGUCCCUACCGAAAAGGCCAAGGCAUGAAAAAGAGAAGACUGGAACCUGCAUAGAAAACACUUCAGACUUCAGCACGAGGGUUUUAAUUCAGAAUACAUUUUAGUCCAAUAAAGUUGCAGACCAAAGUAUAUUUUCUAGAUUUUAUUACAGGAAAAAAGCGCAUUGCUUUGCAGUAUUUAACUAAUGGCUUAAAAUGCCACUUCAACUCUAGUGAAAAGAAUUAAAUAUUACAAGUCCUAAUAUUUCACUUUAUAUGUAAUUUUAUUGUAAAACUUUAAAAGGUACUUUCUUACCUUUCUUCAUUCCGAGUAGAAGAGAGCAAUUUUAGUAAUAAUAUAUUCAAAAUAUAAAUGUCUCACCUGUCUUAUAAUGUCUUAUAAUGUCUUAUAAAUGUCUUAUAAUGGUCUCACCUGGAUAUGAAUUUGAUGAUCAGGGAAAAACCUAUUUUAAUUUAAAUUAUAAUUGUCCUUUCUUUUGAUGAACAAAACCAACAAAACUAAGGUUUCCACCUACUCAGAGGCACAACCUGAAAAUGUUUGGAAAGUUUAUUGUUAGAAGUAUAGAAAAGCAUGACUUUUUAAGUGUGGGUGGGUGGGGCGAGGGAGGGGGCGGAAGGGAAAUAUGUCAGUCUUGGACUUUUUAUG